AUGUUGACUCAAUCCAUAGUGAAUUUUACUCAACUUUUAUAUAAAUUCUUCUUCAAACUGUCUUCGAAAAUUUCGGCACUUAUCUUCAUUCCUAUUCUUUUAUUAUAUUUCUUUUCGCCAACUCAUUCGGCUCCAGUAUCAUCAGCUCAAUUUGAAAUCAUGUCGAAUAGUUCAUAUCGAAAUUUUAUUCUUAGACAAUAUUUUAUUGAUUUGUUAAAUAUAUCGCACACAUCUCUUGUUCGUUCAAUGGUUUAUAAUCAUCGCUCAACAAAUGAACACAAUUCCCGACGUAAACGUUCCAAUGAUGAUGUCUUAUCUAGUCCUCUCUUUACAUUACAAUCAAGCGGUUGUACCAUGAUUGAUAAUCAAGUUCAAUCAACAUUUCAUUGGUCUCAUGCAACAGAUUUAUUAACUUCAAUCGAACUUGUCUAUCAUAUUGAUUCGAGUGAAAGCAAACAAUCAACAAUUCCGUUACAUCUGAAAUUCAAACAUUUACAAACAUCGGUCGAACUCUUUACGAUUGAUACGUAUUUACAAUUCGAUUCUGAUCGAGAUUUUUAUUCGAUUAAUCUCAUUGAAUAUAUUCGUUCAGUGAAACAGGAGAAUUUCCUUAUUGAAUCAAGCAUCACAAGUGAAACAUGUCAAACAUCGCAUGCAUACAUGAUUCUAUCAUCGACCAAUCUUCGUCUGAGACCCAAUCAAACAUUUAAACUCAAUCCUACACUUUCCUUCGAUCUUCGUCAAUUAACCGAUGUCCAACCAGAGUCAACGUGUAAACUUCGAACAAUUCAAAUCAAAUUUGAAGAUCUUGGUUUAGCUUAUUUAAUUAUUCGACCCAAAGAAUACACAUUUACAUAUUGUGAUGGCUCAUGCUCGUCAACGUUUCAUCAAUCAUCAAUGCAUGCUGUUUUACAAUCGAUUAUCAAUCGGAAAACAGGCAAUGUUCCUCGUCCAAUGUGUGCACCAUCACAAUUUGCUGACGAUAAUUUUCUUCUUCGACAAACCGAUGGAAGUAUUGCAAUUUAUCCGAUUAAAGAUGCUAUUGUGAAACAAUGUGCUUGCCUGUGA